AUGAACAUAUCGCUCGACAAGGCAGAGCUUCUUGCACUCUUUCUGGAGACAUUCGUCUACGUGACAAACAGCCAACCGCUCCUCAUUGUCUUUCCGCUGAUUGCCUUGACUGGUGACAUCGCACAAGCUCCUGAAGAUGCGUUUAUCCUCUCAAUAGUGCCUAAGACUUAUGCGGCAUAUACGAUCACGACCGUCGCGAUUACAGUAUAUUGUACAGAUACGAACGGAGACAGGCGGCGGCGUAUGCAUUCAUCUAUCUGGUUCCAGCAUCAGACAGACAGAGGGGACGGGAGCGGGAUCGAGUGGGAUGUGACUGAAGACGAAGAAUGGGGAAGAAGCAUACACAAUAAUGGAGAAGCGGCAAUGAGGAGCAGGGUCGGUGUCAGGCCAGCAUAA